UGACUACCUCUCCUUCCACCAUGUCUGCUUCUGCGAGUGAAACCGGUACCUCCACUCCUUCGCGUAAACGUUCUCGUUGGGAUACCCACGAAGAUAUCCAGGAUGAAGUAAUUGAAAUACCCAGGCCGAAACGUCGUUCGAAGUCUCGACGCUCCCAAUCCGUUUCCCGUUCACAUAAUCCCACUCCAGAACCUCGUCCACAGAGCCGAGUGCAGGUGCAACGUAAACGGCCAUUGCAUAGCAUAUAUGUACCGCCACGGACGUAUCACCCUCCGUUUGCGCCGUCGCGCUCGGUGUACUGCUAUGAACGGCUGAACUCGAUCGAGGAAGGCUCAUAUGGCGUCGUGUUUCGCGCAAGGGACAAGGAGACCGGAGAUAUCGUUGCGUUGAAAAAGCUGAAAUUGGAUGAAGAGAAGCAUGGGUUUCCAAUCACUGCUUUGCGCGAAAUAAACGCGCUGAUGGUCUGUCAACACGAGAACGUUGUGGGGAUUCGAGAGGUUGUCGUAGGGGAAACUCUAACACAAGUCUUUAUUGUGAUGGACUUCAUAGAACAUGAUCUGAAGAUGCUGCUCACCGUAAUGCCGGCACCCUUCCUACAAUCCGAAAUAAAAACCUUGCUACGACAGUUGUUGUCUGCCGUUGCAUUCUGUCAUGAACGCUGGAUUCUCCAUCGAGAUCUCAAGACAAGCAAUCUGCUCAUGAAUAAUCGCGGUACGAUCAAGGUUGCGGACUUUGGCUUAGCACGCAGGUAUGGGGAUCCUGUCGGCGUAGGCGGCCUAACUCAACUAGUCGUCACAUUAUGGUAUCGAGCUCCUGAGAUUCUUCUGGGCGAGACAAUCUAUUCCACUGCAGUAGACAUGUGGUCCGUUGGUUGCAUCUUCGCUGAAUUACUCCUGAAGGAGCCACUUUUCCAAGCUAAAGGGGAGAUUGAGAUGCUUUCUAUGAUCUUCAAGCUUCUUGGACCACCGACAAGUUCGACAUGGCCGGACUACGAUAAACUUCCACUAGCGAAGACAAUCAAUCUACCUGCUCCUCACCCAUCUCAACUACGGCAAAAAUUCCCUCAUAUAACUAAUGCCGGGGUUGAUUUACUGUCGCAUAUGUUGACUUAUGAUCCUGAGGAAAGGAUCAGUGCCGUAGAAGCUUUGCAACACCCAUACUUCAAGGAAUCACCCUUUCCCAAACAUCCGGAUCUCUUCGGUUCAUUUCCGUCCGUUGCGGCGGGCGAGAAGCGUCGUAAAGCAUUCGAUAGUCCUACAGCUCCUGUUAGAGCUGUAGAUUAUAAAUUAUUGACGGAUUUCGAUGCUCCCUAACAAUCGAGGGGAUGCCUUGCCUUCCAUCAUCUU